AAUAUUGACAGUCAUCUAAUACCUCGGCCUACUGUUUCGACUCCCAUCACAUAAAGUUACCUCGUGAUCGCUCCACGUUGCUUCCCGUCUUCGUGAUUGUAAUGGUUAGCGUAAACUCACUUUACUACGCAUAUCCAAAACCUUAAAAUGGUUUACUGAUUUUAUUAUCAGGGUUUGUGAUCUGAUUAUUCAUCGAUCAGCUUUCGUUACUCGGUUGGAUUCCUAUCGUAUUCUGUGGUCAAUCGGAGAUGGUUUUAUCGCAAAAGCUCCACGAGGCGUUCAAAGGUACGGUAGAGAGGAUCACAAACCCUAGGACUGUAUCUGCUUUCAAAGAGAAAGGUGUACUUAGCGUUAAUGAAUUCGUCAUCGCCGGAGACAAUCUCGUUUCCAAAUGUCCUACUUGGUCAUGGGAAUCAGGUGAUCCAAAUAAGAGGAAGUCAUAUUUGCCAUCUGAUAAACAGUUUUUGAUCACUAGAAAUGUUCCUUGUUUGCGAAGAGUUGCAUCAAUACAAGAAGAAUAUGAAGCUGCUGGAGGUGAAAUAUUGCUUGAUGAUGAAGAGAAUGAUGGGUGGUUGGCUACCCAUGGGCAACCAAAAGAUACCAAAAGUGAUGAGGAGGAACUUGUUCCUUGUAUGGAAACCCUAGAAAUAAGCAAGAAGAAGAACAUCCAGUCAAUUUCUUCAUAUUUUGGCACCCAGGAGGAAGAAGACAUCCCAGAUAUGGAAGAGUUUGAAGAAGCUGACAACCUUAUUGAGUCGGAUCCUGCAACUCUUCAGCCUACAUAUCUGGUUGCACACGAGCCUGAUGAUGAGAAUAUUCUACGAACUCGAACUUAUGAUGUGAGCAUCACGUAUGAUAAAUAUUACCAAACUCCUCGUGUUUGGCUUACUGGAUAUGAUGAGUCAAGGAUGCUUCUUGAGGCAGAGUUAGUCCUUGAAGAUGUCAGUCAAGAUCAUGCUCGCAAAACGGUAACUAUUGAAGACCAUCCUCAUUUGCCUGGGAAACAUGCAUCUGUACAUCCAUGCAAACAUGCGGCUGUGAUGAAGAAACUAAUCGAACCCCUAAUUGCCGGAGGACUUGAACCACAAGUUGACAAGUACCUUUUUUUGUUCCUGAAAUUCGUGGCUACUGUUAUUCCAACCAUUGAAUAUGAUUACACCAUGGAUUUUGACUUGGGGAGCUCCAGUACCUGAUUUAUGAUUGGUGUCUUUUGUUGGUUCAUUGUAAAUAUUUCCUUUGCAAAAAAACAACCUACUGAAUUAACUCCUCAACUGUAUCUGUUACUGUGUAAAUUGCUGGAAACACUUGUUUUAUUUAUCUGUUUGUUUGCAA